AUGUCAAGUUCCCACAUCCCUCCCGGCCAGACCUGGUUCGACACUCACAAAGUGCACUUCAAAGAUGUGCCUAUUGGUCCGGACGACGGCAUCGUGACCGCGGCAUUCCUCGACGCCUCCGAGGCAACGACCACCCUCUUCGAUCUCUUGGGCUCCAUGGCCUUUACCCCCGUCAAGAACGACAUGGUGGGAAACAUCACCAAAGUCCGAGAGAGACACCAAGCCGUCCCUGAGGGCUCGCAUACACUUCAAUCCCUAUCCAAGACCGAGCUGGCCUCGAAGUCCCACAAAGCUACCGAAGGGCUACUGUGGUUGGUGCGCGGGUUGGACUUCACGGCGCAGGCAUUGAGGGCGGAUCUCGCGAACAAUGCAUCUGUAUCGGCUACGGCGGACAAGCCUACCAAAGAGUUGGCUGAUGGAUUCCGAGCAAGCUACAAGAGCACGUUGGCUCCGUAUCAUGGUUUCUUGGUCAAGCCGAUCUUCAGCGCUGCCAUGAGCGCCACGCCGUACAGAAAGGACUUUUAUCUUCGCUUGAGUGGGGAGGGCACAGAUCCCGAGACCACUAGACAGGCACUGGAACUGUGGGUUUCUGCUCUGGAGCAACGAGUGGCUAUCAUAAAGGCCUUUUUGGCAAGCAAGGAGGCCAAAUGGUAG